AGUCAGCUCAGCUGGCGAAUGGACGUCUCUGAUAUUGCCUCGUGAAUAUUAACUUCCUCGCGUGAUUGGACGCUCAAGUAAAGUUACAAAGCAACGUACUUAUUAUUCAUAAGACAUGCCAUCGCAGUUAGUCGUAAUUUACGACUGAAUACGAUUGUAUGUGCACGUGGUAAAUCUGAAAACACACGUUUUGUUACAUGCAUUGAUUACAUUUGCGAUUUAUGGAAAAAUGCAAGAGGAGGGUUUGAUGGACGAAGCAAAUCGAGCAGAUCCUCCGAACUGGAUCCAGCAGCACGCCGUCUACCAAGACCUGAUGCAUUUAGAUGUCGGUGACAGUGCUCAAGUAUAUGCUGCUUUCCUGGUGUACAUGGAACUGACGGAGGUGCGUAAAUGGAAGGAGGUGGUUGGAGUUUCCUGCCCAGAGUUACAGGCGGUUCUGCUGGAGGGUCGAGAGAAGGAAGGAGAAGCAGUUCAGAUGAUCUACCCUCUGCCUUCACACAGAUCCAUCAAACACAGAGAGUUGCGGACUAUAUUGGACAGAGGUGUCCCGAUGCUCUUGUGUGCAGUGGCUUCUGACUCCAGUCUGGUGUACCAGAGGCUGUGUGAUGGCCUUCUGACCCCUGACCCUCCAGUGGACAUCCAGGACCAAGGCCGCCGACAGCAUCGGAAACGGAGGUUACAGACGUGAGAUGAGCACCCAGGCAGAUUAUGAUCUGAUAUGUGGAUCGGGUAGUAUUAUGACUGAUGGAGACUGGUUUAAAAAACUUUAAAUGCAUUCAUUAACUUGUAUUGUCCUUGAAGAGAGACUGAAUUGACAAGAUAAUCUCAGGAACGGACAAUAUUUGUGUUUUAUAAGACAACUUAUUGCAGUAUUACACUUGGACAACACCAGAACUGCUUUUUUUUUUUUUUACUCAAAUA